AGAAAAGGGGGCGGGGGACUCGGCUUGUUGUGUUGCUGCCCAAGAACCAGAGACGGUCCUGCUGCGGUCGCAGCUCUUCCAGCCGCCCGACAAUGUCGUCUCACUUAGUAGAGCAGCCGCCGCCCCCGCACAACAACAACAACAACUGUGAGGAAGGUGAACAGUCUCUGCCCCCACCAGCCGGCCUCAACAGUUCCUGGGUGGAGCUCCCCAUGAAUAGCAGCAAUGGCAGUGAUAAUGGCAAUGGGAAAAACGGGGGUCUAGAACACGUACCCUCCUCAUCCUCUAUCCACAAUGGAGACAUGGAGAAGAUUCUUUUGGAUGCCCAACAUGAAUCCGGACAGAGCAGUUCAAGAGGCAGUUCUCACUGCGACAGCCCUUCCCCACAAGAAGAUGGGCAGAUCAUGUUUGAUGUGGAAAUGCACACCAGCAGGGACCAUAGCUCUCAGUCAGAAGAAGAAGUUGCAGAAGGAGAGAAAGAAGUGGAUGCUUUGAAGAAAAGUGUAGACUGGGUGUCCGACUGGUCCAGUAGACCUGAAAACAUUCCACCUAAGGAGUUCCACUUCAGGCACCCUAAACGUUCCGUUUCCUUAAGCAUGAGAAAAAGUGGAGCCAUGAAGAAAGGGGGGAUUUUCUCUGCAGAAUUUCUUAAGGUGUUCAUUCCAUCUCUCUUCCUUUCCCAUGUUUUGGCUUUGGGGCUAGGGUAAGUACUGGUCAAUGCCU